GUUUAUUGAUAACUAACCUGGUAAAACACAUUAUUUGAAAAUGAUAUGGUCACUACUACUUACACGUAACGUAAGUCAUUGUGCAGUAUAUUAUUUUAGUGAGAUUUUAGUUCAAACUUGUUUCAUCACACAAGGAGGUUCAGUUAAGAAAGUUAAAAGUACUUUUAUUACAUUAUGUGGAUCGUGUAUUUGCUGUUUUCUGUUAUUUCAUAGACUGGACUCCUUUAUCUUGGUGGUUAUUGUCUCCAGCUCCAGUCUGGACAUAAAGGAACAUUAUGCACCAAACUUGUGCUGCUGGCCCUUUAAGAGGACGAACGCCAGCCCCGAACAACUGUUUUAUGCAAAUGUGACAAGCCGAACGUGCCAGGAGCCAAUCAGAGGCCACGUCUAGUCGCGGGAGAUCCGAAUUUCGCGGGACGAAGUUUGGCGCUAAAAGAAAAAAAAAAAAAGAGCUGCUGUUCUUCUUCUUCUUCUCUUUUAUGGAGAGCGAAGCUGCGAGCAGCACGGACCGGAUUCACAUCACACUGAGACCAGGUCUGACUCUGAUUCUGUGCGCCACAGGCAGCGAACGCAACAACAAGGAUCUUAAACCAGAUCCUCAUGAGACUUGAGGGGGGGAGAAGAAACACUUCUGAAACCGGACUUUAAAACGUUUUGUCUUUAUUUAUUUUCUAAAUAACUUGGCCGGACAAAGGACAACAACACGGAUCUGUCUGCUGUCUGCUGUGUGUGUGUAUUGUGGCGGAUAUUACUACAAGAACAUAUUUUUAACGUGUGUAUUUUGAAGGUUUAACUCCUGAAUGAGUUGCUUUUGGCUCGUUUUUUUUAUUAUUACAGUAGAUAUAUUUGCCACAGAAAGACUGCAGGAGCCACAGAUCACGGAGCAUCCGGAGGAGGAUUUGUCACAGAGAGGACUGUGGUCGUCUUCAGCGGACUAGACCACAUCAGUCCGGUUUCAUUUAGUUUAACAGUAAAAAACAAACAAACAACAAAAUGAUGCGAACGCCUAAAGGCGUCUCUCCUGCGCCGGGUCGCCCGCUGGUGGGUCUGCACUGCUCCCAGCAGCAGAAGCAGCAGCUGAAGCUUUUGUCCACAGGUGGAGUGAAGGCCGACUUCUUCAGCACCGGACUGUCCAGUCCACCGAUGAGCACGGUACCGAUGGGCUACUUCACCCAGAUCUGCAACACCGCCGCGGCCGAACAAAGAGCCAACAGCAGCCUGUACUCAACCCCCCACGGACCGGAGGCUAAACCCGUCAGAUCCUCCUCCGGGCGACUGCCGGCGAAAAGGAAGCUGGAUCUAGAGGACCCUCUUAACCUCCCAGAGUUCCGCACGCCCAAAGGCAAAGGCAGCAUCGCAGUCAGGAUACCAAGUCCAAGGACUCCAAAGUCUCCAGGGGAGCGGACACGGUACGACACCUCCCUCGGCCUGCUGACCAAGAAAUUUGUGGGCCUGAUUGCCGAGUCUCCCGACGGAGUCCUUGACCUGAACUGGGCCACCGAGGUCCUGGAGGUCCAGAAGAGACGCAUCUAUGACAUCACCAAUGUCCUGGAGGGAGUGCAGCUGAUCAGGAAGAAAUCAAAGAAUAACAUCCAGUGGCUGGUUGCAGACGUGUUUGAGGGCGGUGCAGGUGGAGGAGAGAAGGCGCGUGCCCUCAGGAAGGAGCUGGGAGACCUGGAGCGAGCGGAGCGGUCCCUGGAUGAACUGAUCCAGUCGAGCACGGCGCAGCUCAAACAACUCACGGACCACAAAGACAAUCAGAGGUUGGGAUAUGUGACGUACCAGGACAUACACUCCAUCGGCAGUCUCCGCGAUCAGACGGUCAUUGCCGUCAAGGCGCCUGCGGACACGAAGCUGGAGGUGCCAGACGCAGCGGGGCAGGCAUCACUACAGAUCUACUUAAAGAGUAAAAAUGGCCCAAUCGAAGUCUACCUGUGUCCAGAAGAGGGCCUCGAAGACGCGAGCCCCGUCAAGAGCCUGCUCACCCCGAAAAAGGAGUUCCCUCAGCCCCUCUGUCCUCCGACUGCAACCCCAAUAGCACCGGCAAUGUACGGCGUCAAAGAGGAGCCCGUUGAACUGAACAUGUCCACGUCAGCUCCAGCUGCAUCCGCGGCUACGAACUCCGCGUCCUCCCUGCUGGAUGUCGAGGGUCUGCUGGGUUUGCCGCCCAGUCUGCUCCAGAUCACAGAGGACCAGCUUCCCGGUACCUCGUUCAACCCGGAUCCCAACACCCCAUUUGUCAGCUUCUCUCCGCCGCUGGACCACGACGAUUACCUGUGGAGCCUCGAGGACGGUGAGGGAGUGUCAGAUUUCUUUGACGCCUACGAUCUUGGGGAUUUGUUGAAGAGCUGAGGUCUGAAAAGCAGGACGCGCGGGGGUUGGGGGUGGGGCGGAGGGUGAAUUUAGGGGAAAGAGAAGGCGAUAUGCCUUCUCAAAAUAUGAAACCUUACACUAUGAAGCCAUCACUCUUUUUUUGUCAUGCCUGUUUUACACCUUACCUUUAAUAAUAAUAUUAAAGCAAAAAUCCCAAAUGUACUGAAAAAAAAUGGAGGCAAAUCAAAUCGUGAAGAAAAGCAGGAAUUUAGUUUGUUUUUUUAGAAAAAGUUGUAACCCAAACACAAGCAUGGGGGUUAUUAUGCAUAUCACACCGUGAAAAACUCAGGAACUUUUUCUGUCUUCCUUGUUUCCAAAGUCUUAAAUGUUUGUGCCACUCUUUGGCCCAUAGGGGGCAGCCUUGUAUUAAGUGAGCUUUAACUGCCGUGCAGCUUUACAGGAGUCAAUCAGUGGACGAGAGCAAGCGAAGAAAGCCAUUUAUGAACCCCACGUGAGGGUUGAUCUUGAUCAUUUUUCAACGAAUGAAGCUGUGAAAUACUCAUGUGUGAUACAACAAGUCCUUGUAGAUCCAGGAGCGCGAGCCAUUUCAAGGCGCUGACGUCGGCUCGGUUCCGUCCAAUCAUAUUUGCUCUCUCCGGCCUUGAGCUUUAUGUUGGCGCGUACACUGUGCCAGACUUUGCGGGUUGUGGUAGCUGAUACAGGAGCCCGAGCCAGAGAUUAUGAGCGCUCUUUAUUCUUUAUUGAACAGUCUCAGACCGAAUCAGUUGCUCUUCUAUUAAUGCGUUUAAUAGCUGAUUUUUAAUGACUUAUUUUUCGUCGUAGUGUAAAACUACUAUUGUAUUUCUGAGGAAAUGACCCAAGAGAAUGAAAGCCAGCGUCUCUGCUGUAGAUGUGGUUGGUUAAUAAUAUAUGUAAUUAAUGAUUAUAAUGAGAGGAGCAGUUUCUUCUUUUUUUUUUUUGUCCUCUGCUUGUUCUGAGAUCGUUUGGAAUAUAAACCGUGAGGGUUUGUCUGAACUGUUCAGAUUUCAGGUUCUUUUCCAGUGCAGCCAAUUGAAAUAUAGACAUGCAACGGAGGUUAGAGCAGGUGUGACUUUUAUUUGUGUUUUUUUUUUUUUUUUUUUUCUGAAGCGUUUUAGACAUUUGGAAAGUUUGAAUUUCAUGUUGAUGCAUUCUUAUUGUUUUUAUUUUGCUUUCCCUCUACGUUGCAGAGAUAAGCUAAGUGUCCUGUCCUAACAAAACUUGAAAACGUGUGCUUGUGUGUGUGUGUGUGUGUUUGAUAGUUUGGUAAAUGGGUGUGUUUGUUUUUAUAAUGUAGGGUUAGACGAUGUGAAUUCAGACUGUGUAGUUGUGUUUUUUUUUUUUCAAUGAGCAUUAUUUUUCUGGUAAUUGUACAUAAUUAUGUUUGUAUUUAUACCUAUUUUUUUAAGUGAAUUUUUUGGAAGUUGCAAAAACUGUUUUCGUAAGACAUGCAGCACUUAAUAUGUUGUAAUACUGUGUGGUCUGUUUGAAAUGAUUAAAUAAAAGCUAAAGCCAUGGUUUACAUUGGAA